AUGUUCUUCGGGGCUCUGUGUGCAUCGCGCGGGCCAGUAUGGCGCUGCCCCUGGGCCGAUGGCAAGCACAGUACCUGCUGGCACACCUGGCCAAGACCAACUCGUCCCUGUUCUUGUCCGUGGAAGUGCAGGAAGGCUGCACCUUGCCAGAUGCAAACGUUUCAGGCAACCUUGUCAGUGCUCAUGAUGGCUCGAGCUCAUAUCUGA